UGUAUAUGACGUUGAAAGACAAGUCUAGAACCUUGCAUUACGAUUCAGCUUCAAAGAAAGGGAUCGCCGGCGGCACCUUCCGAAGACGGAGAUACACCUUCCUCCACCACUUUCUCGGGGAAUAAAGUCCGAGCACAAUUCAUUGGAAAAUUAAAUUUGCGUUUCGGUGCCUUUGUUCGGAUUUUCAGGUGACGGAGCUCGCGUGUCGUUUGGGGUUAAAAAUGGGGUUUAACUUGGUGCACUGAUGUCAUUGUUCUGGCUUGUGAUUCGUCAACUAGCAGAAAUCGAGGCAAUGGCUGCGAAGAAAGUCAUAACAAGAGAAGAAUGGGAGAAAAAACUUAAUGAUGUGAAGAUUAGAAAGGAAGACAUGAAUAAAUUGGUAAUGAAUUUCCUCGUUACAGAAGGCUACGUUGAAGCUGCUGAGAAAUUUCGAAUGGAGUCUGGAACUGAACCAGAUAUAGAUCUUGCAACAAUAACGGAUCGCAUGGCUGUUAAGAAGGCAGUACAAAGUGGUAACGUCGAGGAUGCAAUUGAGAAAGUGAAUGAUUUAAAUCCAGAGAUACUGGACACAAAUCCCCAAUUAUUUUUCCAUCUUCAACAGCAGCGAUUGAUAGAACUAAUUCGGAAUGGAAAAGUAGAAGAGGCACUAGAGUUUGCCCAAGAGGAGCUUGCACCAAGGGGAGAGGAAAAUCAAAGCUUUUUGGAAGAGUUGGAGAGGACUGUUGCACUGCUGGCCUUUGAAGAUGUUUCUAACUGUCCUGUUGGGGACUUGCUUGACAUAUCACAGCGUUUAAAGACAGCAAGUGAGGUGAAUGCAGCCAUACUUACUAGUCAAAGUCAUGAAAAAGACCCAAAACUUCCGAGCUUGCUGAAGAUGCUGCAAUGGGCCCAAAACCAGCUGGAUGAGAAAGCUGCAUAUCCACGUAUAAAUGAUUUAUCCACCGCCAUAUUAGAAGAUUCUGCUGUUUGAAUACUUGUAACAUUUCAAUUUCAAAUUGGGGAUUUAGGUUCUAGAUGAAGAUAUUGCGGCCAUUGGCAUUAAAAAUUGUGUAUGUACUUUAAUCGAAAGAUAUUUGUUGAAUUCGAUAUCCAUUUCCUCAUAGAUAGUUCUUCCGGUGAUUUUAUACUCCUGUACAAAAAGAUUGUCAAUACAGUCAACAAUUCUUUUCUUAAAUGACCGAUUGUUAAGGUUUUGUUGUUGCA